ACCUUGGAUUUGAGCUGCAACAGUGACGAACGGUCUGUCGGACAAUCGCCAUGGAAACGGGUGACGCCAAUUGCGAUCCCAACGACGAGAGCGCAAGCGUCGUCGUCGUCGUCGUCGCCCCUCCGAAUGCGGACAAGCGUGAGGCUCCCGAAUCUUCUCAUCAGGACGGAGGAGGCGGCGGCGGCGACGCGGCCGGCGAUCGUAGUUCCGGCGACGCGGUCGCCAGGGGAAUAUCGUCCGUCCUGGUGUCCGUCAUCAAAGACUUCGAUUCCAGAGCUCAGGACACUCUCAAGAGCCAGGACCAGCUCUCCUCCUCCAUCGAUCGUCUCACGAGCGAGCUUGAUCGGUUACUGGAAGAUGCACCUUCGCCAUUCACCAUGCAACAUGCUGCCAGGAUCUCCAGCAUUAGAAAGAGAGUGUCAUCAAUGAAUGCGGUUUUAAGAUCUAUACAGCGGCGUGUUGACAACAUUGACCGUAUGCUAUCAACAGCCUCGCCCCCCGAGAAAACCACAGAUGGAGUUUGACAAUUUUGAGAUUGCUGAUGCUUCUGAGUACUCUUUGGGGUCAAACAACAGGUAGUUAGAGCUGAAUCAACUUGUGCAUGGACAGCGUGAAGUUCGGGGGGUAAAUUUGCCUACCUAAUCCAGCAAGAUUAUUCAAAAGUUCAGAGAUUUGAGAAUCUCAAUGCCUUCACCGUGUAUUACGGAAAAGGUGCUUUCCGAGGUUGUUCAGCCUAAAUAUGAAGCAACAAACGUUAUCUUACCUGAAAUUUUUCUAUGCCUUCAGAGCUCCUGCAUGUUGCAAAUCCAUGUAGGUUCCGUUCAGAUGAGUGGCAGAUUGGCAGAUCAAUAGAGUAGGACAAGCUGGUAGACUCAGUCUAGCUGUUGGUGACAAUCCUGCUAGUUGUCUCUGAUUUUUCUAGAACUGAUCCUGCAAAGAUCAACACAGUUACACUUUUUGCAGCAAGAAUGGAAUAAUCGAUCGAAUGUGCAUUCUAUAGUUGUCUGCCCAGCAUUCAACACAGCUUCGAGAUUAUCUGAGACAACGUAAUGAAUUUUCUCUCUGUUCCAAUGGGCUUAGGCUAUUUUUCUGGAUCAUACUUUGAUUGCGGCAUCUUAAUGGCUUAAAUUUGUUGAA